GCAGAGCCCGGGCUGGAGGUGCCGCUGACCCCACCAGCCGCAGGGAGGGCCAGCAGGCAGGUCGCCAGACACAGGACAUGGACUCCCGGGAACUGAGCUCAGCUCUCCUUAUGCAUGGCCUGAGCCACCCCAGGCCACCUGAGGGUCGCCGCCGCCGCCGGAGCAGCAGGUCGCCGGGUGUGAGGAGAAGAAAGAACUGGUCCUGCUCGCUCAUCGUGGCCUCUGUCGUGGGCGCCUUCGGCUCCUCCUUCCUCUACGGGUACAACCUCUCGGUGGUGAACGCCCCCACUCGGUACAUCAAGGCCUUUUACAACGAGUCGUGGGAAAGAAGGUACGGACGAGCCAUAGACCCGGACACCCUGACCCUGCUCUGGUCUGUGACCGUGUCCAUCUUCGCCAUCGGGGGACUCGUGGGGACGCUGAUGGUGAAGCUCAUCGGAAAGGUUCUUGGGAGGAAAUACACUCUGCUGGUCAACAACGGGUUCGCCCUUUCCGCCGCGCUGCUGAUGGCCUGUUCCCUGCGGGCGGGAGCCUUGGAAAUGCUCAUUGUGGGACGUUUCCUCAUGGGCGUGGAUGGAGGCAUCGCCCUCAGCGCGCUCCCCAUGUACCUGAGCGAGAUCUCGCCCAAGGAGAUCCGGGGCUCCCUGGGGCAGGUGACUGCCAUCUUCAUCUGCGUUGGCGUGUUCACCGGGCAGCUGCUGGGCCUCCCUGAGCUGCUGGGAAAGGAGAGCGCCUGGCCCUACCUGUUUGGAGUGAUGGCCGUUCCUGCCCUGACCCAGCUGGGGAGCCUGCCCUUUCUCCCCGAGAGCCCACGCUACCUGCUCUUUGAGAAGCAUGACCAGGCGGGAGCUGAGAAAGCCUUCCGGACGUUCCUGGGCAAGGAGGACGUCUCCCGAGAGGUGGAGGAGGUCCUGGCGGAGAGCCGCGUGCAAAGGAACCUCCCCCUGCUGUCAGUGCAGGAGCUGCUCGGAAGCCCCUUCGUCCGCUGGCAGGUUGUCACCGUAGUCAUCACCAUGGCCUGCUACCAGCUCUGUGGCCUCAACGCGAUUUGGUUCUAUACCAACAGUAUCUUUGAAGAAGCCGGAAUCACUCCGGAAAAGAUCCCAUACUUCACCUUGAGCACAGGGGGCAUCGAGAUUCUGGCUGCCCUCUUCUCUGGCUUGGUCAUUGAGCGCCUGGGCCGGAGACCCCUCCUCAUCGGCGGCUUUGGGCUGAUGACCCUCUUCUUUGGGACCCUCACUGCCACGCUGACGCUGCAGGACCACGCCCCCUGGAUUCCUUACCUGAGCAUCCUGUGCAUUCUGGCCAUCAUCGCCGCCUUCUGCAGUGGACCAGGCGGCAUCCCCUUCAUCCUGACUGGCGAGCUCUUCCAGCAGUCGCAGCGGCCGGCCGCCUUCACCGUGGCGGGCACCGUCAACUGGCUGUCCAACUUCACCGUCGGGCUCCUCUUCCCGUUCAUUCAGAAAAGUCUGGACACCUACAGUUUCCUCGUCUUUGCUGCAGUCUGCUUUGCAGGUGCCGUCUAUUUUUAUUUUGUCCUGCCCGAGACCCAAAACAGAACCCAUGCAGAAAUCAGCCAGGCCUUUGCCAAAAGGAACAAGGCCUACCCGCCAGAGGAGAAAAUUGACUCCACUGUAACUGAUGAUAAAAGGAAUGGAAGGCCUGAAGCGGACUCCUCUUCCACGCUGGAGAACUGUAUCCAAAACAGGAUUGUCUGAAUGGAUGAUCUUGUCAUUUUAGGAAACCAAAGAUUCCCCUGCAAGUUUAACGUUAUUAAGUAUUGAAACGUAGACCUUUGUUAAUCUAACGUGGCAGCCAUCUGGGGUUAAUUCACUGCAGAAUCCCCCCAGCUCUUCUGGAAGCUGGAGAGGAUCACUAGAUGGUUCAGGGGACCCAGCAUUCUACAGACACCGUGGCCUGCCUCCUUCAUGACUCAGCCGUGGUUUCAAAGUGAA